AUGUCAGAGGAAAAUCUUAAACUGCUGUCCUGCCACUUUACAUGGGGUUUACUAAAGGAGGAUGCUGAUCUUAACUUCCUUGAAGUUAAAAUCCGUGAAAGACUGGGGGUGAAGAGCAGGGAUGAAGGAAACCUGAAACAGAGAGAAUUAAAUUUUCUGGCGUUCAUUAAGCAUCUUCAAGGAUUCAACGAUGAGGCGGUCAAGAAUCUGCAACUGGCAAAGGAAGAACACCCAAAUGAUGACAAGAAUGUGAUUGUGACGUAUGGGAACUUGGCCUGGGUGCAUAGCUUCCUGAGCAAUGCGACUGAAGCCGAGGCCUACAUAGAGAAAAUAAAUGAAAUCCUCAGAGCUUUCCCCACUCCAGAGCUUCACAGAGAAGUUCUGAGUGAAAAAGCCUGGUCGCUUCUCAAGUUCUCUAAGAAGUCCUACAUCAGGGCCAAGGAGAUUUUUCUUGAAGCUUUACAGAAAGAGCCGGAUGACAAGGAGUGGAACACAGGCUUGGCGUUUUCUCUGUUCCGUCUGGAGGGACUGAAGAUCGGUCAGUACCAUCGGGUUCGUUUUGAAGAGUCUCCUGCUGUGCUCCAGUUGAAGAAAGCUUUAAAACUGGACCCAGAUAAUGCAAUGAUCCUGGUGUAUCUGGGGCUCAAGUGCUACAAGAACAUAAAGAACUCGGAAGCGUGGCAGUACAUGACGCAAGCACUCAAAAUGGCUCCCUAUAACCUCAGCGUUGUGCUGCAUGUUGCAAAGUUCAUGAAGAAAGAGCAAUGUUAUGACAGGGCCCUGGAUGUGCUGCUGGAAAUGCUGAAGAAAGCACCAGAUUCGUCUCGUUUGCAUCAUGAGGUAGCUAAUAAUUACCGCUGGAAAGCCAUGCAGAUUGAGGAUAUACACAAUCCGGAGUUGCUGGGCCUUUGCGUUCACCAUUUAGAGAAGGGUGCCAGUUUAAACCCAGGUUAUGUAUACCCACAGCUGGAGCUGGCGCUAAGGUAUGCAGAGCUAAAACAGGCAGGCAAAGCAGAGCAGAAGUUCACCGAGCUCUUCAGCAAGCCUGACCUCAAGCCAGCUGAUCUUCAAGCCUGGCACAGGCUAUAUGGUGAUUUCAAAGGGUACAGGCUGGGCUCAGAGAAAGCUGCAGUUGAUCAUUACAAGCAAGGCAUGAUGCUAGGACGAGUGUCCACCGAAUGGAUCUCCUGCAGAAACAGACUGAAGAAAAUCCUUCAGCGUGACAAACGGGACACCUACGAGAUCCGGAUGUUCUUUGAUUCUGUUAGAACAACAAACAAAGAUGAUUAAAAGUGGUGAUGCUGUUUCACUCAUAAUUCGUGUAGGGGUUUAAACAAUAGUGCCACUUUAAAGCCAGCAGUAAA